UGGUCUUGGUGCACAGAGGCUCUCGUUCACACCCGGGUCACUGAGAACGUUGCCGAUACUAACUCAAGAGUUAAUAUAAAACAUGCUGCAAUUCCGUGAGUAACCGAAGUGAUAACCCCGCUGGUAGCGCAGAAAGGGGGUAGCCUUCCAUGAAUUGUGGAGGAGGUAUGAAUCGGUAGGGGAGGAAUUUCCCAGUGGUUGCCACACAGGCCAGACGCUCGCAAAUUGCACGCAUUUUUCUUUUCCGGAUAGACAGCGUACCCUCAUUCGGAGUAUUUGUUUUCACCCGCCAUGGGUCGAGUUGUUUUCGACAGCAGUUGUAAACCUUUUAUUACCGCGAAACGGUCGGCACAUUUCCUGUUUUAAUUGUGUUGUUUACACCGUUGGCUUGAUUCGGGGUGUGUGCAGAGGAGCGAGGCGCUGGGCUGAUUCAUUAAUGGACAGACUGCAGCGAUCGAAAGAGGAAGGCAAUGGAGUACAUGUUCACGCAAAAUAUCGAUAACGCCAGGUUGGAAUUGCUGCUGGAACAUAUGAACGUGAUGGAUGUCCUAGGGGCGCUCUACCCUUUGGAGGACACGGCACUGUACCGGGACAACCUGCUCUCGCUGGCGCAGCACUCGGGUGAAGACAUUUUAGAGAACGGGGCCAGGGACGGGCAGCAGCCGCCUUUCCUCGCCUCUGUCAGAUAUGGCACAGUGGAGGAUUUACUUAACUUUGCAAAUCAGGUGUCCAAUACUUCCCGCAGUCUCUUCCAACACUUCCGAAACCGCGAGGCAGGAGUGAUAUUAAACAAGAAGGAUAUAGCUAUUAAAAAUGGACACUAUCAGGUCGAUUCUGAAGUAUUCUUGUUUCCAUGGAAAUUUGCCCAUAGGAACAUUGGUCCUGGUUACAUUCCUCGAGGUACUUUUGGAAAGUGUCACCUUGCACAGGACAGAGAGACAAAGAAGCGAAUGGCAUGCAAAUUAAUUCCAGUGGAAUUUUUCAAGCCUGCUGACAUACAAAUCCAAGCACAGUUCCGCCAUGAGAACAUUGCAGAGUUAUAUGGAGCCUUGCUGUGGAAUGAGACCAUACACCUCUUCAUGGAGGCAGGAGAGGGAGGCUCCAUCUUGGAAAAAUUAGAAAGCUGUGGGCCUAUGAAGGAAUUUGAAAUCAUAUGGUUGACCAAACAUGUCCUCAAAGCACUUGACUUUCUGCAUUCCAAAAAUGUCAUCCAUCAUGACAUUAAGCCCAGCAAUAUAGUUCUCAUGUCAACCAAGGCAGUGCUGGUAGAUUUUGGUCUCUCUGUCCAGAUGACUGAAGAAACCUACAUUCCCAGAGAUAUUCGAGGAACAGAGUUCUAUAUGAGUCCAGAAGUUAUUACCUGCAGAGGCCAUUCAACAAAGUCAGACAUCUACAGUCUUGGUUCUACUAUCAUCCACAUGCAGACUGGGAAUCCACCCUGGGUGAAGAGGUAUCCUAGGUCAGCUUACCCAUCAUAUCUGUACAUUAUCCACAAGCAGGCUCCACCAUUAGAAGACAUUGCGGAGGACUGCAGCCCUGCCAUGAGGCAGUUUAUUGAAGCCACGUUGGAGAGAAACCCAAAGCAAAGGUGGUGUGCAGGAGAGCUGUUGAAGCAUGCAGCGCUGAGCCCACCUCCUGAAGAUCAACCACGCUGCCAGAGCCUUGACUCUGCUCUCUUCGAAAUCAGCCGCACCUUCAGGAGAAAAGAGCUGGAGUUACCUGAACAAAUUUGUGAUACUUCUGUGAGCAGCGCUGAAGAAUCAACUGUAGGAAAAAGGAAUCGCUCUCUCUAUAUUGACCUGGGUGCCUUGGCUGGAUACUUCAACAUAAUCAGGGGUCCUCCUGGAUCAGAAUACGGCUGAUUGUGAAACCAGCAGACUAAGGGAUAUCUAAAGUGUUGUGAAGAACAAAUGGCAUCAGGUUUCUGCUGUCCUGCUAUAGAAUCAGAGGAGUUGGCCUGAGGGUAGGGCAGAGACCACUGAAUGUUUCACCAAUGUGAUUAUAGCAUGAAGAAAAAAUAGUGUUUUUUUUAUUUAAAAUUUCUUUCUACUUCUAAUGUAUUUUGUUGGUUAACAUCCCCUUGCUGUAUGUUUUCUUAGUUUGAAAGGUGCAGUGAUGGAAGAGUGCGUUGUAAGGAAAGUGAAUGAUGCUUGAGUGUCUUCCACAACAAAAGCACUAUCCUUUCCUUUCUCCUGUUACGUGUAAUGGUUUGGUUGAUGGAUUAAUGCUCCCUCUCCCUCUUUUUGCUUUCAGUGAUCAUCGCUGAUUAAUGUAUUUCUCUAAUGGAAAAAUUACUCAAAAUGAUGAGAGUUAGACUUGUCAAAAUACAUGUGUUCCUAUGGAAACAAGAGCAUGUAUGUAAUAAAUGCCAUGCAGGUGACUAAAUUGCACACAAAGUGUGCUGUGGGUUUACAGUAACCCUGUAGCUCUGUAAACAUUAUGAGCUGAUAGUUCUGUACACCCUAUGGGAUGGGUUAGCCUCUGCUUUGUUCUGCAAAGGGCUAGUUAAGCAAUAAUGGAAACAUAACAUGCAUUAGCACUAUGUUAUAUGUCAUAGUCAUGCUACUUCAUCUGCUCAAAGGUAAAAAAAAGGUUCUCCUUAUUACUGAGGUAGCAUAUUUAUGUAUCAUAACUUCUACCAUGUUAUUAUCCUAUUUUAAUAAUGUUUUUACUAAUUAGCACUUUUUGUUUACUGUUAGAAAGGCUGAAAAUUUGCAGCUGAACCAAACUAAUGUUAACUAUUGUGUUGGUACCUGCAGUAUUCGAAUCAGGGUGUCUGCACAGGCAGUUAUGGUGGUGUACUGGUUAUGUUACUGGACUGGUUAUCUAGUAGCCUGGAUUAAUAAUCCAGUGAAGAUGUGACACUUUGAGAAUUUAAAUUCACCAAAUGUGAAAUCUAGAAACAGAAGGUUAGUGGCAGUAAAAGUGACCAUGAAGCUGUUGGGUUGCCAUUAAAAACCCAACUGGUUCACCAGCGUCCUUUAGAGAAAGAAACCUGCCGCCCUUACCAAGUCUGGUGCAGCUACUCCAGUGCCCCACCAAAGCGACUGCCUCUGAACUGCCCACUGAAGUGACAAAACAAGGCACUCAGCUGUAUCAGACUGCUUAAAAAGACCCGCCACCAUCUUCUUGGGGAAACCUGAGAUGGACAAUAAAUGCUGGUCUCACUGGCAACAUCCAGAGAGUGAAUUGAAGAAAUGUCUCGCUGAAAAGACAUGACCUUUCUAAACAUUUGAAUACAGGCCUGAAUCUUCCACGGGGUGGCAAUCACCGUCAGAUUGCCACUCCAUUCCUACUUUCCCGCGCCACUCUGGAGCUCCGUAUUUCUGGCCGGGACCUCCGAUCCUGCCUUCUUCAGAAAUGCAGAGUGUACCUUCAGUUCAACUUCCUCUUAGUGCUGGAUUGUCGGGGGAAAACAAGCCACACCCUGUUUUUACGCCACUAGCUGCCGUAUUCUGGUAAGUGUUCAUUAACACACUGAAAAGCUGAGACAUUUAAACAACUUUUCAGUGUGUUAGUGAAUGUGCGAAUGGGUGAGUGAAUGGGUAGGAAAGGGAGUUGGGCGGGUGUGGCAAGUGGGUAAGGGGGCAGGGUAGCAUCUGAGCAGGGUGGUGAGAUGAGGUCCGGUUGGGUCGGGAGAACUGGGGUGGUGGUGGCUAGUCAGGUCAGGUCGGGGGAAUCAGGGGAGUUGCUUGUCAGGGGAGA